AUGGGCAGCGCGCAGGUGCGCCUCUCCUCGCCAGCCAUUGCAAACUACACGUUGGCGCAGGUCACAGCCCUCAGCUACGGGGCACAAACAGUUCCCGACCCGCAAUCCGUCAUAUCACUCGUCACGGCCCCGAGCAGCAAUCCAGAUACGGAAGACCCGUAUGCCGCCAUCACCCUGCUUCGCGGCGACGUGUCAGCCAACCCCUCUGGUGCAGCUCUCUCACUCAGCUUUGCAGAUGGCGUUGACAUCACGUCCGCGCAGCUCCUGCGCGUGUACGAGGCCGAGGAUGGUUGUGCGUCUGCGCCCUGCGUGCAUGGAACAUGCAUCGACACUCCGGCAGCGUACGCGUGCAACUGUACAGGAACAGGGUUCACUGGCCCGCAAUGCCAGCACCUCAUCACCUGCAACGUCACGCAAGACACCACCCCGCAGUUCAGCGCGCAGCUGUUCCCGGAGCCGCCAGCCAACAGCAUCGCCUACGACGAGCGUGCCGUCUUCCAGUGCCUCUCUGGGUUUCGCAGCUCCGCCAGCGAGGACGGGCCUGCGCUGGUCUUUCGUACCUGCACCGCCAGCGGCAGACUCGGUGCACCAUCGGCAACCUGCGUGGACAUUGACGAGUGCGCGUCGGUCGCCCUGAACGAGUGUGAGCAGCAGUGCAUCAACACCAACGGCUCGUACGCGUGCGCGUGCACUGCACCCGACAGCAUGCUCAGCAGCGACAAUCGCACGUGCACGUACGCUGUCCAGCUCUUCCCAGACACCAUCGACACGGAGACGGCGCUUGACGUGGUGGACGUGCUCGUCGUGGCGCAGGACCGCGACCUCAGCACCCUGCCCAUCGACAACAUCACCAUUGGCAACCUCCUCAUCACAGAGACAGCUGUCAUCCAGUCCAGCAUUCGCGUGCGGCUGCAGCGGGCAGACCUCCGCUCCACCGCCGCCAUCCCCGUCUCGCCAAGCCCAAUUCUGCGACAGGCAACCCUCACCGCCUUGUCCAGCAUCCCCAACACCGCUAGCGUGUGGCAGACCACGGGCGUGACAUCCACAACCGACGAGCGCUGCGUGCACGCGCUGGCAAGCGAGCAGGUGCCCGGCAACUCAAGCGUGUUGGCAGAGGUGGAGUACCGCGUUGCCACCAGCAUCUUCACCAUCGUCCACCCGACAUCUGCGACCGCCCCGCAAGCAACGGCGCGCCGUGACUCGCUCACCUACGACGUCACCACGGCCCUUCCUGCCGGCACUCGCAUCAAGGCAUUCGGGUGUGCCUGCCCGACCGGGUUUGAGGGCGACACGUGUGCCGACAACAUCGACGACUGCAGCCCCAACCCUUGUGGGCCCGGCACCUGCACAGACCUCGUGGCAGACUUCACGUGCUCCUGCGAAGGCACGGGCUUCCAGGGCGACCUGUGCGCCCAACGCGUGCAGUGCCCAGCACCGGCAACUGCGGAUGCAGCCACCAUCACGUCACGGUCACCAGGGGUGGACGUCCACUUUGAGGACUCCGUUGUGUACUCGUGCCACUCCGGUAACGUCGUUUACAACACCACAUCCGGCAGCACGCUCACCACGCUCCUUCCGCCAGACAGUACGCCUGCCUACAUGACCUCGUUCACCCGCACGUGCCGGGCCGAUCAGACCUACACCAACACGGAGCUGGCGUGUCAUGACGUCAACGAGUGCGACCCAGACGCCCAAGACCAGCCCCGCACCUACCAGCAGCAGGCGCUGUACACGUGCGAUGAUGGCUACACCACCACGGGCGAUGCACAGGCUACCGCCACCUACACGGCUACCUGCACGGCGACAGGCAACUACACGUUUCAAGGGACGUGUGUGGAGGUGGACGAGUGCGCUGCCCAGCCGUGCAUGAACGGCGGCGUGUGCACGGACCUGGUGAACGCGUUUGAGUGCGCAUGUGUCGGCGAGUGGGGUGGCCCGACGUGCAGUGAUGACACCAACAGGCCGCCAGAACGCAUCUCCCUCAGCACCACGCGCGUGCCAGAGAACACCUUCCCGCUGCCUCUCGUCACUGUCACUGUGGAAGACCCAGACACCCACCAGAGCCACACGCUGCAGGUGCUCUCAUCAACACCACCCGGUGUCAUUGUCGUGGCAACAACAAAUGGUGGCAGUAGCAGUGGUGGCAGUGGUGGUGCAGGUGCAGCUUCUCCCACUCUGGAGAUCACGCGUGCACUUGACUUUGAGGUGGAUGGGUCGGCCAUCGAGGCUGUCGUGCGUGCAACAGACAACGGCACCAUUUCCCAGCUGUCGGCUGACUUUCUUGUGCGCAUCACCGUGGACCAAGAUGCUGGUGGCACCUUCACAUACGCACUUGUGUCUCCGCAAGGCUCAACAGCCGCUGCAGCCUUUCAAAUCAUGGGCGACAUGCUGCUGGUCAAGUCUGCAGUGCCGCUCAACCACGAGGCCAACCCUGUCGUCACCACAUCCAUCUCCUCCAUCGACAACAACGGCGCCGUCGUCACGUCCACCUUCAACAUCAGCGUCGUUGACAUCAACGAGCCGCCCACAGACGUGGUCGUGCACGCCAUCAACGACACGUCGCAGCAGCCGCUGCAGCAGUUCCUUGUGCCAGAGCAGCCAGCACACGCCACAACAGCAGCACAGCCGUGGCUGGUGGGCGCCGUGCGCGUGCUGGAUCCGGACACGGCCGACGCCACCGCAGACCCGCAACCGUUUGUGUUUGACGUGUCCCCAGCCGGCGUCGCCUACAUUGAGAACCAGCAGCUGUUUGUCGACCGGUCGGCACUCGAUUUUGAGUCGCAGUCGUCCUUUGUCAUCAACGUCACCGCGCGCGAUGCUCGCGACAGCUCCCUUGCCGUGUCACACCAGUUCACGCUGCUCGUCCAAGACUUGAACGAGUCACCCACAUCUGUCGUCCCCAACGGCGUGCCUUCCAUCUCCGAGCAUGCGCUCCCGGGCACCGUGGCCGGCUCGCUCACCGUGCAGGACCCAGACAGCAUCGCCAACGACACGCACACGUUCCUGCUCACCGACGCCUCUGGCAAGUUCGCGCUCGUUCCAGGCAGCGACCGGCGUACGGUGCAGCUGGUGCUGGCAGCGGGCGCCACGCUGAACUACGAGGUGCGGUCCGUGUUCGUUGUCGCCGUCACCGCAACGGACCAAGGCGGCCUCUCCGCCACAUCGCAGAUCCUCGUGUUUGUGCAGGACAGGAACGACGCCCCGACAACGCCCACCAUCACCAGCAACAGGCUUCCCGAGAACACGACGGCGCUUCCGUUCGUCGUCGGCACGCUGCAGGCCACGGAUGAGGACGCGAGCCAGAUGCUCCAGUUUGCGAUUGACAGCAUCGAUCCGCCACACGUCGCGCCCGUGUUUGCACUCGACGGUGCAGCACUCGUUUACGACAACACAGACAGCCCGGACGUUGUCGUGAGCCACGAGACGACGCCGACCAUCACCUUCACCAUCACCGUGCAGGACUCGGGCGGCCCUGGGGACAACGACCCACCGCUCAGCACAACGACGGACAUCGUUGUUCGCGUGGUCGACAGCAACGACGCGCCACAGGGCUUGGUGCUCAUCAACGCAACAGCGGCCGUCCCGGAGAACGCAGUGGCCGGCACCUUCGUUGGCACGCUCGCGGUCACGGACGAGGACAUGGAUGAGACCAUCACGUUUGAGAUUCUGCUUGGCGGUGAAUUCCUGGCCGUCGCCACCCCGCAGCCCACCGCCUGCUCCGGUGGUGCUGGCCUGUGCACUGCGGAUGUUGUCACGACGACACCGCUUGACUUUGAGACGACCCCGACAUUCACGCUGCUGGCGCGGGCGACCGAUUCUGUCGGCAGCAGCACAACGCAGUUCUUCACCAUCGCCGUGCAGGAUGUCAACGACAUGCCACGCGUUCUUGGCCUGACAAACACGGUUGUCUCCGAGGCACCGUCCUCGCCCCUGCCGCUCACAAUUGCCACGGUCAUGGUGGACGAUGAAGACGGCGACGUGGUGUCGUGCUCCGUGCUGGCGCCAGCAGAUGCUGCCUUCACAAUUGAAUCCGCUGCACCGGCAUCAGGCGAGACGCAACCACAGCAGCAGCUCGUGCUCGUUGACGCGCAGCCCAUUGACUUUGAGGCAUCGCACACCUUCGAUGUCGCGCUGGCAUGCAGCGAUGGCAACGGCGGCGCUACCGACGCCACAUUCACUCUCACUGUUGCAGAGGACGUGCCUGUGCGCAGCACCGUUGCCUCCAUCAUUGUUGUGGACCAGGACGCAGGCGACACACACAACGUCACUGUGGCCAGCGAACCUGCGGGUGUGUUUGAGGCUACACAGGACAGCGUCGCCGUCAUCAUUCGCGCCGAGGACAGUGCACACAACGUGCUGCAGACCACCAUCACUGUGAGCGUGCUUGACGCGAACGACCCACCAAGCGCAGUCACGCUGCAGCCUUCCUCUCUGAACGAGCACACAGCAGCAGCAGCAGCUUCGUCAGAUGCCAUUGACUUUGAGGUGUCGAGUGUGGUGGAGGUGGACGUGCAGGCCGAGGACAGCGAGGGCGCGCGUGGUCCCGUCACCACGCUGUUCAUUGACGUGGUUGAUGUGCCCGAGGCACCACGCCAGCUGUCCUUACAAGGCGAUGUGGUGGAGGAGAAUGCCGUUGCCACGGCUGUUGGCGUCGUCUCUGUCCUCGACCCUGAGUGCAAGCAUGUCGCUCUUGGUCCGACGACGUGUGUUGACGAUGCGGCAACAGGUGGCACGCGGUGCACGGCCACGCUCAGCACGACCUCUGCUGCUGCCAACGCGCCAAACUACGAGGAGACCCCCUUUGUGGACGUGGUCGUCGUUGCCACGGACUUGCUGUACACGCCACCGUACUUGCUGGAGCUCAGCACGAGCUCUGUUGCGGAGAACACGCCACCAGGCAUCCCCAUCGCUACCAUCGUUGCGUUUGAUGAGGACAGGAGCGGUGACGAGCACACGUGCCAGCUGCUCUCUGGCGGCGACAGCGCCUUGCUCUCCUUGUUGCCGCCCAACACACUCACCGUGGCCGCGGGUAUGACCGUCAACUUCGAGGAGCGCGCCUCGCUCACGUUUGCUGUGUGGUGCAGCGACGUCAACGACGCCACUGUGUUCGCGACAGCCAAUCUCACCCUCGAUGUGGUGGACGUGCAGGAGCCACCCACGGCCGUCGUGUUUGCUGCAUCUGGGCCUGUGCCGGAGGUUCGCUCGCAGGCGAUUGUCCUUGGCACGCUGAGCACGAUUGACGAGGACGCGCAGGACAGCACCAUCUUUGUCCUCUCGGACAAUGACGGCGGGCGCCUGACCAUUGCGCAGACCAACGAGGUGGUCAUCUUGGCAGAUGCACCAAUCGACUUUGAAACACAGCCCACCCGCACCUUCAACGUCACCGCAAUCGAUCUCUCCGGCAUCCCUGUCUCCCGCCAGUUCACUUAUGAGGUUGCAGAUGUGAACGAGCCACCAACAGCACCCACCAUUACCCCAACUCUUGGAAACGGCGGUGACAAUAGCAGCGAUGUCACAAUCAUCCCCGUGCCCGAAACGACGGCUGUUGGAACCGUGAUUGCCACACUCACAUCCACAGACCCAGAAGGGACGCCCGUCAGCUUCGUUGUUGGCGGCCAAGACAGCGCCUCCAUCGUGCUCGCCACUCCCGCCACUCCCGUUAACUUUGAGGGAGGCAGCAGCAGCAGCAGCGACGCCAGGUUGUUCUUCUGGGCACGAGCCAGCGACGGCGUGAAUGACUCGCCCGCCACACAUGCCGGCAUCGCCAUUGGUGACGUGAACGAGGCCCCAUCGUCCAUUGUGGUGUCCCCCACACGCGUGCCGGAGAAUGCGCUGCCGGGCGCGGUCACCCUGAGCGUCACCAUCACUGACCCAGACGAAGAAGACAGUGUCGUCAUCACCGGCAUUGCAACCGAUCCUGCAAACAUUGACAUCACCAUUCAGACGCAGCCGUCGUGCGUCAGCGUUCCACCACGGGAAGGCAACAACGGCACGCUGGCUGCUGGGUACACGGAGUGCAGUGGUGCUGUGCUGUCGCUGAACCAGCCCUUCAACUACGAGCAGCUUCCCUCCUUCGUGCUCACGUUGCACGCAGCAGAUGCAGCUGGCGCACAGACAACGGCGACAGGCUCAGUGGAGGUGGCAAACCUCAACGACCCGCCAACUUCGGUGGCACCUGCGACGGUGCAGCUGCCAGAGAACUCUGCCGCCAACACUACGGUCGCUGUGCUGACCAUCGCAGAUGAAGAUGCAGGCCCAGCCGGCACGUACACGUGUGCUCUGCGGCACCCGUCAUCAGCAUCCUGGCCCUUCGUGGUCAGUGGUGGCAGGCGAGUGUUGGUUGACCCGACGGCGACCGCCAGCGAGCUCAAGGCCGCGCUGAACUACGAGGACACGCCUGUUCUGCUGGUCGAAGUGACAUGCACUGACGGCUCAACAGCAACGACCCCACUCGCCAUCAACCACACACUCACGGUGCAGCUGACAAACGUACCGGAGGCACCCACCGACAUUGUCAUUGUGCCCGGCAGCGUGCCCGAGAACUCGCCAGCAGGCACGCGGUCGCUUCCGCUCGUGGUGGCGCGCGGCGCUGUGCUUGAUCAUGAGGCAACGCCGCAGCUCUCCGUCACGCUCGGUGCAUUUGACCCGACCUUCCGAUAUGUCAUCCGCACCAUCGCCAUCCCCAUUGUGGACGUGAAUGAACCACCGACGAUGCCCAUGUACGAGGGCGCGCUGACGCUCCCGGAGAACGCAGCACCGGGCACGGUGAUUGGCGAGGUGUCCGCCAUGGACCAGGACGAUGGCCAGACCAUCACCUUCUCGAUCGGUGACGGUGGGGAUGCUGUUGGUGCGUCCUCCUUCACCAUCAGUGGCACCUCUGUUGUCGUUGGCCCAGCACCGACCCUUGACUUUGAGACACAGCCCAGUGUCUCAUUUGAGGUGGUGGCGACAGACAGUGAUGCCGCGUCCCCGCUCAGCGCCAGCACCAUUGUCACCAUCUCCCUGACAAACGCCAACGACGCCCCAAGCACGAUUGCGUUUGAGGGCAGCUUCACCUUGCCCGAGAACGCACCAGCCGGCACCCCAAUAGGCGUUGUCAUUGCAACCGACGAAGACGCCAGUGACACCCUAAACAUCACCGUGUACGAAAGCAGCAGCAGCAGCAGAAUUAGUGGGGUACGUGCAGGUGUGACGGCGUGUGAGCCGGGCGAGGGCGGUGUUGGCGUCGUGUGCCGCGCACAAGUGCUGAGCACGCACACCUUCAACUACGAAGAGCUGCUGGCGUCGUCCGCCACUAUGCGCCCCAUUGUGGUGGAGGUGACAGACACCAUGGGUGGCCUCGCCUCUGCUUCUACCUCAUUCACUGUGCUUGACGUGAACGAUGAACCGACGGACCUCGUUGCACCCGCCCUGCCGCUGCUCCUGCCCGAAAACGCCGUGCCGCUGCCCUACACCGUGUCCACACUGACGUUGGAGGACGAGGAUCAGGUGCAGGUGUCGCCGGUGUCCUGCACCGUGGAUGGCGCGUACGCAGACAGCUUCGUAGCCACCGCAACACAAGGCACGCAGCGCAUCGCGGUGCAAGCAACGCGCACCUUUGAUUAUGAGGAGGAGCCCGACACCUUUGACAUUGCAGUGACGUGCCAGGACGGUGCGUUUUCCAUCACCCGCACGUUCCCUGUACGCGUGCUGGAUGAGCCAGAGGCACCAACCGCCAUCACGCCCAUGCAGAUCAGCGUGGCCGAGAACUCGCCCGUGGGCGCCCUCGUUGGCGAGAUUACUGCCGUCGACCCCGACACUUUUGAUCGGCACUCGUUUGCGUUUGUGGACACGGCGAACCUCCCUCUGACCGUCGUGGACGACAACACCGCCGACCGCUCUGCACAUGUCAUCGUUGGCACGCCAGCACCUGGGCAGGCGGCCCUUGACUUUGAGGACGAGAGCGUGCGCGAGACCACGCUGCUUGUGCGGGUGACAGACUCCACAGGCCUGUUUGCCGAUGUGAACGUGACGCUCAUCAUCACAGACGUGGACGAGCCCGUGCCGUCCUUCACUGUUGCGCCUGCCGCUCCCAUCCCUGAGCGCACCACGUCUCCAACGCUAGCAGCGACACUGACGGCGGUUGACCCCGAGGGCGACCUUGUCACCUUCACCGUCACAGACGAAAGCCAAGCAGUUGCCACGGGCGCGCGUGCAUGCCUCGCCGUCAUCCCUCCUGUCAUGCCUGCUGCCGCCACCAUGCCCAGCGACACCAUUACCACAAUUUCCACCACAACCACGACGACGACAACGCCCGCUCCGGCCUUUACGGGCAGCGGCGAUGGCACCGUGGUGAGCAGUGGUGAUGGUGAUGCAGGCGCAGAUGAGAUUGUGGACACAACCGCCACACCUGUCUCAACAACAGACGCUACAGGCACUGUCCCUACCCUCGCUGCCGAUCCAUCGCAGACAGAGUGCCGGACAUCCAUGACAGUGACCUCGUCUGAUUCUGUGGUGCUCAUGAUUGUGCCUGGUGCGGAUGGCCUUGACUUUGAGCGUUGGCCUGUCUUCAACGUCAGCGUGCACGCCAGCGGCAUGAUGGACACCCCGAGUGGCAUCACACGUGACGUUCCCGUGUACGUGCUGGAUGAGCCGGAACCCCCACGCGAUGUGCAGCUGACAGCGACCGCCGUGUCUGAGAGCACAGCGGUUGGCACCAUCGUGGCACGUGUGCAGGCGGAGGACGAUGACGCUGGUUCCCAGCUCACCUUCGCCGUGCAUGACCCCACCGACACGUUUGUGCUCGCUGCGCCAAUGAAUGCAUCCGACGUGCAGUGUGAGACAUCUGCUGCUGAUGGCGUUGGCGCUGUUUGCAGUGCACCAUUGGCACUCACAAGGCCGCUCAACUACGAGCAGCAGCCAUCGCAUGUCAUCACCGUGGUGGUGUCGGAUGGCCAGCACACGACAACCGCAAACCUGACCGCUUCCGUGACAGACGCCAACGACGCACCCACAGCGCUCUCCCUCGAUCCUUCGUCUGUUCGUGAAGACGUGCGGUGGAGAAGAGUCCCAGUUGCCCGCAUUGUGGUUGAGGAUGAGGACUUGCUGCACAACCCAGCAGAGCAGCACACGUGCGUGGUUGUCGAGCCUGCGAGCGCCUUUAUCAUCGUGGCGAACGACACGACUGGCCAGAUCAUCAACGAGGUGUUUGCGACCAGCGCUGCCGCCAUCGACUUUGAGCGCGCGAGCGAACGCACCAUCACUUGCAUGGACAACGGUGUGCCGCGCGCAUCCCUGAUGCAGGACGUGGUCUUGACGAUUGAAGACGUGAACGAAGCACCAGUGCAGGUGUUGCUGCAGCCGCCAUCUGUUCCUGAGAAUGCGGCAGUCGGCACCGUGAUUGCACGCAUUGCCCUGGACGACCCCGACCUGUACACCUUCACCUCGCCCGACAGCGCAGAGCCAGCAGAGCUUGCCAUGCGUCGGGGCUUUGGCAAUGCCAACGUGACGCUAGUGACCGAACCCGACCUUCAUCCCUUCACGCAGCGUGGGCAGGAGCUCGUGCUGACUGCGCCACUGGACUAUGAGCGUGUUGACUCUUACACAAUCAGCUUCCUCGUUCAGGACGGCCCACACACAGCCACGUUCUCUGUUGACAUGCAAGUGCUGGACCGCAACGACGCGCCCGCCCCUGCGGCGCUUGACAACAACGUGCUGCUGGAGAAUGCAACGGCGCCUGCUGUUGUUGGGCUGCUGCUGUUGUUUGACCAAGACGAGGGCCAGGAGCUGCGGGCUGCUGUUGCGGCUGGUGUGGGCAACUCGUCCCUGUUCACCAUUGAUGCACAGAACCAGCUGGUGUUUGUUGGGGCGCCGUCGUUUGUACUCGACCACGAGCAAGCGCCUGUUCUCACGGUGGUGGUCAUCGUGUCGGAUGCACUCAACGCCACCUCGACAACCGUGCUUGAGGUGAUGGUGGGAGAUGCGAAUGAUGCGCCCAUUGUGCGCGCUCCACAGCCAUCGCCAGUGCAGGUGACGGAGAGCGCUCCGGUCGGCACCUCUGUUGCAACCCUCACUGCAGUAGACGUGGAUGUGCGCGACACGCAGCUGGUGUUUGUGUUGUCGGAUCCCACCAACACGUUUGCACUCGGCAACGUCACGUGCAUGCCGGCAUCCUCCGCAUCGCAGCUGACGGGUGUCACCUGCACGACAGAUUUGCGAACGCGGCUCCCACUCGACUAUGAGUCCACGCCCACCUAUGUCGCUGUGAUUGAGGCUGUGGACGCCCAGGGUGCGCGUGGCGGUCGUGCCAUCACCGUUGACGUGACGGACGCCAACGACGCUCCUGUCAUUGCUGGGCUGCUGCCGGACGCUUCUGUGCCAGAAACACUGGCAGUCGGCGACACGGCAGCGGUAGUGGCGACGACGGACCAAGACGCCAACCAUGCGGUCAUGUGCACGCUGCUGCCCCCAACUGAUAGUGAUACGCCAGCGCCACCUUUUGCGCUUGUUGGCGGCAACAGGCUGCAGUUGACCGACCCGCUCAACUUUGAGGUGCAGGCGGAAUACACACUGCGCAUUGAGUGCGUCGACACCCACACCCCCGUUGCAGGACGCACGACAGCGUCCCUCGCCCUGUAUGUGGCAGACAGGAACGACGCGCCAACCCGCGUCUGGCUCAACACCACAGCCACCGGACCGCUGCCUGAGGAUGCUGCGCCAGGCACCGUCGUGGGACAACUGCACGUUGACGACGAGGACGCGGCAGAUGCGGGCAUGCAUCGCCUCCGCGUGGUUGGUGGUGGCAGCAGUGCACCGUACUCGAGCCGGCUUGCCAUAUCUGCAGAUGGGCGCCAACUUGUGGUGGCACAACCACCGUCGCCGCUCGCCGCGAACGAGUUCCUGUUCGAUUACGAGACAGCGCCAGUGGUGCUGGUGGAGGUUGAGGCAACAGAUCCCAGCAACGCCAGCGUCGUGUCGCAGCUGACGAUUGCAAUUGCUGACGCCAAUGAUGCACCAAGCUCACCGCUGCUGGAUGGCAGCAGCACGGUUGGCUCCAUCCCAGAGACUGCUGCGCCCGGCUUUGUUGUGGGCUCCCUGCAUGCAAUGGACGCUGACGGCGACGCGGUCACGUUCUUCAUCGCCAGCGACGGCGGUGCUGCCGGCGCUGACAACGGGCUGUUUGACGUUGUUCCUGCCGCUGGCAACAGCACUGCGCUGCUCGUGUUCGCAGGCCCGACAAGCGCGCUUGACUUUGAGGGCGGCAACACCAUGCUGGCCGUGUCUGUUGGUGCCAGCGAUGGUCGCGGUGGUGAAGCGUUUACAGACCUGACCAUCGCAGUGACGGACGCAAACGAGGCGCCCAUCAACCUGGUGGUGUCAUCGCCGCUGGCUGUGGCAGAGAACAUGGCCGUCGGCACGGCAGUUGGCACCCUCACGGCGACGGAUCCGGACUCGAACAUGGAGGCGCUUCAAUUUGACUUCAUCCCUGCGGAUGUGCUGAGCGUUGUUGGUGUGACGUGCGACCACGCCCAGCCAACAGGCAACUCGACCGCCAUUGCCACAACAUGCACCGGUGUUGUGGUGACAGCACAGGUGUUCAACUACGAGCAGACGCCGAGCGUGUCGCUGGUGGCGCGUGUAACCGACGCACAGGGCCUCGCCAUCACGCGGUCCGUGCAGCUGCAAGUGGCGGAUGCGAACGACAGACCAGCAGCAGUGCAGUUGCUGCAGGCAGAACCGCUCCCGGAGAACGCGCAGGCAGGCACGCGGGUUGGCGUGCUGAUCGUCAGCGAUGAAGACACCACUGGUCAACAGCACUCGUGUGCGGUCACGGACACCUCGGCCACCGGUGGUGCGCUGUUCUCCGUGACGACAGACAAGAACGAGCUUGUGCUGCGCAGUGAUGCAGCUGGCGUGCUUGACUUUGAGACGAGCCCAACCGUGGAGGUGGAGGUGACGUGCACAGACACCACGCCGCAACGGCUGAACGUCACACAGGGCGUGACGGUGCGUAUUGGCGAUGUGAACGAGCCACCAACAGGCAUCACGUUUGAUGGCGAGCUGCGUGAGGAUGCAGCAGCAGGCAUGCUGUUGGGUGAGCUUGUCGUUGCAGACCCAGAUGUCAACGACACGCACACGAUUGCGGGCGUUGGCAUGGACGCGCGGCUGCAACUGCGCGGGAAUCUGCUGUACGUGCGUGAUGAUGCGGCGACGCUGUUCGACUACGAGACGGAGCCCUUGCUGCAACUUCACCUGGUGGCCAUCGACUCUGUGGGUCAGUUUGUGCAGCAGCUGGUCAACAUCACCGUGGAGGACGUGAACGAGCCCCCGGUGGAUGUCACACUCACACCGACACAGCCCACCGCCGUCGAGAACACGGUGCCAACGACACUGAUUGGCCGGCUCUCCGCGCUUGACCCUGAAGGGUCUGGUCCAGUUACGUUCCGAUCUGGUGUACCGGCAGUGCUGGCUGUGACCAGCGAUGGCAACGUUACGCUUGUUGCGCCACUCAACUUUGAGGACAGCAGUGGUGGCGCUGACGGUGUGCAGUGGUUCAGCGUGGUUGCUGUGGAUGCAACGGGACUGGAGACAGAGGCGCGCAUCCCCAUUCGCGUCACGGACGCCAACGAUGCACCCGUGUUUACGGAACCAGCGCAGGCCAACGCGUUCAUCACAGCACCCGAGAACCAGCCCGUGCCUGUGGAUGUGGCUGUGGUUGAUGAGGACUUGAGCGAUGACCUGACCUUGUUCCUGGUGGAGGAUCCAGAGGCAACAGCGGUGCAGAUCACGCCCUGCGCAGCGUCAUCGUCGUCAUCCAUGGCCAACGGAAGCGAGGUUGUCCUGCGUGCGGGAGCUGAGCCGCUCAACUUUGAGGAGGCGCAAACGGCCUCUGUGACCAUCCGCUGUGUGGACAGCGGCGUGCCGCAACGUGAGACGACGACCACCUUCACUCUCACCGUCACCAACGCCAACGACCCGCCCACGCGCAUCGCGCUGAGCCCGACCGCUGUGAGCGAGUUUGCUUCCGUCGGGAGCACAGUUGCACAUGUGUGGGCUGAGGAUGAGGAUGCUGACGCUGCGCGCUUCCACCGCUUUGUGGCGCUUUCUGCUGGCGAUCCUCCCUUCUUCGUGUUUGGUACUUCGCUCGUGCUGUCACGGCGGCUGGACUACGAGACGCAGCGGUCCCACAACAUCACCAUCCGCGUGGAGGACACCGCGGUGAGCCCGCCCGCGACACUCACGCAGACGCUGACAGUGCGGGUGAUUGAUGAGGUUGACUGCGACGCAACGCGCUGCUUCAACGGCGGGGACUGUGUCGAUAUUCCUGGUGAAGGAUUCGAGUGCAUGUGCCCACCCGGGUACGAUGGCCAGCGGUGCGAGAUCAACGUGGAUGAGUGCGCACAGCAGGCGGAGCCCUGCGGCCCCGGCGUUUGCGUGGACGGCAUCAACGAGUACACGUGCAACUGCACAGGCACCGGCUUCCGUGGCGAUGUAUGUGACGAGCCCGUGAUGUGCACGGCUGUGCCGCCGCCCAACGCGGCCCUGGUCGUCAACGGCAGCCUUGUUGAUGGCGACGACGCAUCGCAGCAGCUCGCGUUCAUGGAGCAAGUGAGCGUGGCCUGCUUGCAAGGAUACACGACCAACGGACUCGUGGACGGCCCCACCACGUUCACGGAGGUGUGCCAGGACAAUGGCAUGGUCUCCAGCACCGCGUCCUGCAUAGAUGCUGACGACUGCCUGGCCGAGCCCUGCCUCAACGGUGGUCUGUGUGAGGACCGCGUGGCUGGCUUCUAUUGCCAAUGCCCACCCGGGUUCUCGGGUGAGAGAUGCCAGUUUGCACGCGACUGUUUCCUCGACCAAGCGGGCGCCACUGCCACCGUGACAACAUACGAAGACCUGGCCCUGCUUGCAGAGUGUCGUGUCUUCCAUAGCAACGUCACCAUCUCCAUUACGGCUGCACCUGCGAACGCCACGGCUGAUGAUACAGCAAACGCCACCACCGCCCACCUCGCUUCGCUCUCAAACCUGCAGCGUGUCGCGGGCGUGCUUGCGCUGCGCAACAACGACCACCUUGUGUCUUUGCGUGGCCUUGCAAACCUGACAUGGGUUGGUGGCCUCGUGCUUGAGAACAACGCGCAGCUGCGCACCGUGUCCGGCCUCUCUGCGCUCACCACCAUCGGUGGCGAAUUGGUGGUGGCUGGUGCUGGUCCUUCCACCUUGCAGGGCCUGGAGCCGAGCACGUGUGGCAGCGUGAUUAUUCGCCAUUCGAGUCUCGUGUCGCUGGAAGCGGUGAACCUGCCCAUGUGGCUGCAAGGGUCAUUCGUGUUGGAGAAUAACGACUACCUGCUUCGCGUCAACGGCCUGGCUGCAGUACUGCAGAUUGCAGGCGAUGUGAUUGUGCGCAACAACCUGCGCCUGAUGACCCUGGAUGAACCGUCCAACCUUGCGCGCGUGGACGGUGACAUCCUCGUUCGCGACAACACCGUCUUGCUGGACGUGGAUGCACUGGCGAGCCUGCAGUCGUACGGUGGCUCGUGGGUGAUUGCCAACAACUCAAACCUGUGUUUCAUUGGCCCGUUCCUGCUGGAGAACAUUGCUUCGCUGGAAGUGAACAGCGACAGCGAGGAGUUCCCAGACGUGAUGCUGGCUCGUGAUGACUGCCCCGCCGAGCGCGCAGACACAGAUGGCGAUGGCGUGUUUGACGACAAGGACAACUGCCCGCGCGUGUUCAACCCGCAGCAGCGCGACAGCGACAGCAACGGCAUCGGUGACGUGUGCGACUGCAACGAGGGCUCGGAUGCGUUCUGCGCCAACGGCGGCACGUGCGUGCAGGACACGCAGGCGCGCCACUACAUGUGCGCGUGCCCAGUGGAGUUUGAGGGCCCAACCUGCAACAUCUCCAGCGUGUAUCCCGUGCCACAGAUGCAGGUCGAGCACUCGGCGCUGUUCCAGCAGCAGCCCGUUCGCGUGUCCUCUGUCGCCUUCACGCAGCCGUACCUGCUGCUGCCAGGCACCAACCCAGAGGUCAUCACCGACAGUGCGACCACUGACACGGUGACGACGCGGCUGAGCGCUGCGUGGGCAUCAUUGCAAGCGGAGGAAGACGUUGAUGUUCCUCGCCAGCCCGCGCACGACGCGGUGGCGACGCUGCUGUCUGCCAGCACGGUGUGGUUUGACGCUCCGCACGUGCGGGUGCACCUGCAAGCGCGCGACGCCAGCUUCAACAUGCGCACUGCUGCCACCACCGUCAGCAUCACGCUCAGCGCACGUGUGGACACCGAUGGUGACGGCACCAAGGAGGACGUGAGCGUACAGGCGUGGUGUGAGACGAGCGCUGCUUCUUCAGGCUGCAUUGCGUGGACAAGUGUGCCUCAGUCAUGGUUCCCCCUUGAGAACAGCGACGGCACACCGGCUGCCAUGCGCGCAGUCACGGUCGCGUACGGCAUUGGCGCUUCUCUUUCUGCCUCUGCGUUCAUGCAAGAGCUGCCAGGACAGCUGCAGCUUGCGUCACGCCCCGCCAUUGCAGCGAGGGUGCGCAACACGGUGGCUGUGCUGGUGCCGUUUGCACCUGUGUAUCGCGAGGAUACGACACAGCUGGCCGUGUAUGCGCAAGCCGACCGCGGUGUGUCUGCCGUUGUGCUGCGCAUGGACAUGAUUGACUCUGACGCGCUUCGCUUCGCGCGCGUGGUUGCGGCGCCUGGCUGGUCCGCCCGCACAUCGACCAGCGGCAACACCACCCUCGCCAUCAGCUUGCAGCGCCAGGUGCAGCAGCAGUCGGGUGGCGGUGGCAGCGGCAGCUACGCCAACCCCGAGGUGCUGUGCACGGUUGAGAUGGAAGUGAUGCCACAGGCCGUGGAGGGCCGCUUCUCUGAGCUGCAGGCAACGGCGGUGGGCUUUGUUGACCUACAGGGCCGCAACCUGCAGCUGGAGGGCUUCUACCCACUGCCCAGCCCGGCACUGCACCUGCAUCGCAACCGCGGCGUGCUCGCCUCCAAGAGCAUUGGGUAUGUUCCCGUCGCAGCCAACACGCUUGUUGCGCUUCUUCCGCACUUGGCGCAAGCGGAGCUCAUCAACACGGCAAGACUGGACGGCAACACUGUUUCAAGUGCGCUCGCGCUGUGGUCGGCGGAUGCACGAGGCACCAUCGCGCCCGUGUCGCCGUCAACCACAGCACUUGCAUGUGAGAGUGGCAAGCAGAGCGUUGUGCGCGUUGCGGCGGACUGCACUGCUGUGGUGCUGCUGGGCACGGAGAUUGAGGGUCAAUCACGGGUGUCUGUGACGGUGCGUGUGUCUGGCACGGCCGUUUCUGCAUCCGUGGAUGUGCGUGUGUGGUUUCCCCUGGCGUCGACGACCACAGCGUCUCUGUCACGCCCAACCACGCGCCCGCUCGCCGGCCUCCGCGACCACAACUGCCAGCCCGUGUAUGAGGACGUGUUCCUGGACGUGAGCAUCGCGCUUGCGCUUGGCUCUCCAUCGUCGCAGACAGCGCCGCCCACUGUGCGCGUGGACGCGACGCGGCUGCUGCUGUCUGGCAUCACAUCCAGCGAUCCAGCCACCGCGUCCCUUGACCCCUCAUCGCCCGGCCGUGGCACAGCUGUUCGCGUGCGUGCGCACCAGCCAGGCAUUGUGCUUUUCCUCGUGCAGACGGCAUCUGGCUCCUUCAUCGGCGCUGUUGCCCUUGAGGUGCAAUCGGAAGCGGCACAGCUGCAGGUGUUUGCGCGCCCCAUCGUUGACCUUACGCUCGCCUCCUCCUCAUCAUCCUCAUCCUCGCCAACAGCUGUUGCUGCCUCUGUGCCCGAGGAGCUGGAGCCCACACGGCGUUUUGCGACUGCAACAUACGGCAACCGCGUCACCCGCUUCCCGCAGAAUGUCAACAUCCUCGCUGUUGGCAUCGCCAGCGAGAACGCCAACACAACGGCCAGCAGCAGCAUGGUUGAUCCGGAGCCAACAGACCUGUCUGGUGUGCUGGGCGUGGUGACGGAACUGUACGACGCGAGCCAGGAUGUCGUGAGCCUCGUUGACGGCAGCACGCUGCUUGUUGAGGGCCUGACAUCGCCGUCCGGCCCCGUGGCCAACGUGUCUGUGCUGUCGCUGUGUGACGGCGCCGUUGCAGGCACCGUCCCGCUGCACGUGCGCACCACACCUGCAGUGCCAACACAGGUGGAGGUGCUGCUGGGCGCGCCACGUCUUGCUGUGAGCGGCAACGCCGCCGCUGCGAGCGACGUGGGCAUUCCGACCCGCACGCGCGUGCGUGUGAUCCUUCACUUUGCAGAUGGCACACAACAGGACGCCACGUUUGCGCCUGGUGUGGACGUGCAGGUUCCAGCAGGCAGCGUUCUUCUGACUGGAAACGACGUGCUCACGCUGGCCACGACCAGCAACGCCGCUGCGGGCUCGUUCGAGAUUGCGGUGACGCUGACCAACUUUGACAACAUGGAGCAGCGCGCGCCCGUGACGUUCGUCCGUGCCGCCGCCUUGCUGCUGGACGCCGAGCUCAGCCCAGGCGGCAGCGCUGUGCCUGAUGCGUCUUCUUCAACAUCGCGCGUUCACAUUGGCCCGCUGCAGGCACUCGCUGCGGAUCGGUCGCUGCGCGUGUCUGUGCAGCUGCUGCUGACAGAUGGCACUGCCGUUGACGUGUCCGCGUCCUCGUUCACAACGCUGCGCGCCGUCGUUGGUGGCACCACCGCCCCCAGCAACACCGUGGAGCUUGUCCUGGAGGCUGGCGUGUUUGUGGUGACGCAGAGCAGUGGCUUGCAAGGCGACGUGGACGUGUUUGCCUCGUUCGCCGACGAAGCGGUGACAUCAUCGCGGCUGCUGCUGUCCGUGUCCAGCACCGCACUCCCAGUUGAGACGAUUGAUGUUGCGACGGUCGGCAACAACGUUGAGCCCGGCCUCGACCAUGGCGGCAACGGCGGCAACGGCGGCGAUGAGGUGGUCGUCACACCGCUCUGUCGCGUGACAGGCACCGCUGUGCCGCUAACGUUUGCCCUGGGCUUUGCCGACGGCACAACAGCUGCAGGUGCGGAGGACCUGGCGAUGGACGCGGCCGCGUUUGCGUUCGCGUCAUCAGCACCCGAUGUGGUGGAGGUGACAGCGGACGGCAGCGCUGUGCUGCUGCAAUCGAGUCUGACGCCUGUGCAGCUGCAUGUCGCCCUCUCGUCUGCGACAACUAUUAACACGACGGUGCACGUUCUGCCCAACGCACUGCCGGCUGUGGGGGAUGUGGACCUCGGCGAGCUGUGCGGACCUCCGCUGGUGAAAUCAGGCACCACGGUGGCUGUGCCUGUGUGGGUGAACACGGGCGCGCGUGCUGCUGCGCUCGUUGAUCUGCAUGUGACAUACAACCCGUCAGCCCUGCGCGCCGUGAGCGCAACUGCAGGUGCAGACUUCUCCGGACAGCUUGUGCAGCGGCUCAACGACCCGCCAGGGGUUGUUGCCGUUGGUGGCAUCUCGGACCCGUUCUCCGGCCCGCGUGCACAGGUGGCCGUGAUUGCGUUUGAGGUGCUGGAUGACACGCUGCCACUGGACCUUGGUGGCGUUGUGCAGACGCUAGCGACGCUGCGAGGCGCUGACAUUGGCGGCGCCACACCGCGCGCGAUUGUGGCCGGCCGACUGGCCAGCGGCGAUGCUGGCGAUGUUUCCGCCCCAGUCACCACCACUGCCACCCCUGCCACCCCUGCUGCUGCGGCCGCUGCGGGCCGUACACGCAGGGAGGCGACACCGUGUAGUAACCCGCCUUGCAACUGCUCCGAGAUUGUGCUUGGCGACACGAAUGCGGACUGCGUGUUCAGCAUCAAGGAUGUGUCGUACCUGCAGGCCAUUCUUGCCGAUCUGGCCCUCGACGAGGAAGGCACGCGCGCCAUGCUGCUGGACGCGCAGCUGCGGGAGAUGGACGUUGAUCGCAACGGUGUGAUUGACGCACGCGACUCUUCGCUCUUGCUGCGCAUCAACUUUGGCCUCCUGCCGUUUGUUGGCAAAGCCGCAACAUCCUUUGAUGAGAACGAGUGCGGGCUGUCGCUCAGCCUUCCGCUGCCGGCGCUGCCUGCUACAAGUGCCGCCAACACCUAUGUCUUCUUUGCCGUGGAUAUGCAGGAACGGGCAUCCUGCUUCGUUCAUCGACGUCAACCGCCGCGUGUUGUUGUCGGGCUCUGAUCCACUUUGCUGCUCUACAUCCGUGCCACCGCUCAACGUGACUGUGGAGACAUCGGCUGGUGCAAGUGCACAGCUGGUGUUGAACGACGCAGACGUUGACGUCCCUGCGCUGCUGUCGCCAACGGUGAACAGCAUGUGCAUGCAAGCACGCACGUCCACAAGUACCAGCACCAGCACCAGCACCAGCACCAGUACCAGUACGUCGUCCUCUUCGUCGACAUCGAGCUCGUCAUCCACUUCCACGAGCACCAGCACCAGCACCAGCAUCAGCACCAGCAGUAGCACCAGCAC